AGGAUACCUUGUCUGAUAUCAAUGCUGAGAGUGAGGCAGACUUCAGCGAUUUCGAAGAUACGCGGCCAGAGAUGAACAAUUUGGGUUUCCUCAAAGCAGACGGGCAGAAGUUUUGCGAUGUCAGCGGAGCCCAGCCCAGUGGCACUGAGCAAUUGCAACGACACACCUCCAAUCUGAAGGGCGACUGGAAGGAUCGUUUGCAGAAACUCUUCGACCUGGUGCCCGAUGAGGAAACCGACCAGCAGGAGCCAAAGGCGGAGAAAGAAAUCCCAGAGGAGGAGUUGCCCAAGGGAAGCACAUGGACAAGUGAUGCCGUGGUUCCGGCCAACUGAGCCACGUCGCGUUUCGUCGCUUGUUUAUUGGCGCCGUAGGAUGCAUCCCUGAGAGCAGGGGGAUGGGUAGGCCAAUGAUGUAUCCACAGGACCAGUGGUCGAAGAUACCGCAACCGAUUG